AUGUUAGAAAGUAUCUUCUUUAUUGUUACCACCCUCUUUGCUCUCAUCUUCCUUAUCCUCUCAGUUGCUUUGGAAGGUUGGCCAUGUGGAGCUAUUUUUUCGGAACCCUGUCAAAACAAUACCGUUGGCUACGCGACUAAACCGGUUGGUGCUCUUAUCUGCAUUGCAAUUAUUCUUUACAUCGCAUCAGCUGUUAUCGACUUGUGUCAGAUGUACCUGCAGAUUCUUGAUGAUCGCAUGAGAAGGAUUCUCGCAUACGUUGCUAUUGGAGCUAGUGGUUUCGGUUCUUUGUUUGUGGUUAGUGGUAUGCUCGCCUUUUUCAACAACUAUCUGCAAUCAUGGAGUGUUAUGCUUAGUGUGGUUGGAAUGACUCUAGGAUGUUCACUUACCUUCCAAUUAGGAAUGAGGAUGAUUUUCGAUAAUCUCUCAAGUGGAAGUGGAGAAAAUUGA